CGUACGUGACCGCGCAAGCAACCUCGCUCACCAACACGCACGCACGCACUGCGUAGGGUAAUGUGUCGUCGACGAUCACGCUGCGGAGUCAUUUGUCGCCACCGGGCAUCACAUCGGUGCUGGGGCCUGGUACGCGUUAAUGACCUCAUCGCCGUCCUGGUUGUUGAUUUAUCUUAUCAGCAGAAGCAGCCGUCCGUCCAGUGACUCCAGGCGAACCGCAGCCAGCAGCGCCAGGGGUGUUUAGUGCAGUCUCUCUCUCUCUCUCUCUCUCUCUCUGUCCGUCUCGUGUUUGGCAACGCCAGCAAUCCAGCAAUUAAAAACGGUGCUACGCAUUCAAAAUGGCCUCAUCAUCGACGCCGACCCUUAAAUCGUGCAUUCCGCUACCGCUCGAUGAGGCGCAGCUGAUCGAUGUGGUGGAGAAGGCGAAAGACUGGGCACUGAUGCACGGUGCGGCGAUGCGCUCGAAGCACAAUUUCAACCCGGAUGCGCUGCAGUUCGCUCCCUUCAUCCUAACGCCGUCCUCGUUUCCGCGGGCCGAGUUCCAGAAGGCGGUACGGCUGCAACCGGUCCUGAACGAGCUGAUCCACGCGGUUGCCCACGACAGCGAGUUUCUGCUCGAGACGCUCAAGUCGACCGAGAAGGUGGACGAGUUUACGGGCAGGCUCGUUGAGAUUUACCGCACGGUGCUAUCGGAAGGAAUCGCUCAGCCGCUCAGCCUAGGGCUGCUGCGAUCGGACUUGAUGCUGGAGACGAAGUGCGACAACAUGUGCAGCGAGCCGAGGGUGCGCCCGUACGGUGCGUACUGCUGCUGGAAGCAGGUGGAGAUCAACACGAUCGCGUCGGGUUUCGGGCACCUGGGACCCUCAAGCAAAUAUCUGCAAAGCUACAUCCUGACGGAGCUUGGGCAUCAAGAUAAGCUGGAGAAUCUACCUGAGAACCGCGCCCUGUCCGGUUUGUGCGAUGCGAUGGUGGAAGCGUGGAAGCUACAGAACCGCCCCACCGCCGCCAUCCUGUUCGUCGUCGAGGACCGCACGUACAACAUCUGCGACCAGCGUUUCCACGAGUUUUACAUCCGCGAAACGUACCCGCACGUCCCGGUGGUACGGUGCACGCUAACCCAGCUCGCCAGCGCCCGGCUAGGGCCCGGGCGGAAGCUGCUGCUGCCGGAUCGGCUUCUGGGUGGCCGGGAAGCGAGCGUCGUGUACUAUCGGGCCGGGUACGAACCGGGCCACUACCAUGGGCCACAAGAGUGGGCCGCCCGGUUGCUGAUCGAGCGUUCGGUUGCCAUCAAGUGUCCAUCGAUCCAGUACCAUCUGGCCGGCACGAAGAAAGUGCAGCAGGCACUGGCCAAACCGGAAGUGUUACGUCGUUUCGUCGGAAGCGAUGAGGCGAAGAUUGAGGCGAUCUGCGACAUCUUUACCGGUCUGUACUCGCUCGAUCGUGACGAGGAGGGGGACGAGGCGGUCCGGUUGGCCCUCCAGGAUCCCGAGCGGUACGUGCUGAAGCCGCAGCGCGAGGGCGGUGGCAAUAAUGUGUACGGGGCCGACAUACCGGCCGCGCUCGCUGCGAUGAGCGGUGAGGAACGGUCGGCCUGGAUACUGAUGGAGCGCAUCUUUCCACCGCUGUCGACCGGUUACAUGAUCCGACCGGAUGCCGGUACCGCUCCGCCCGUACCAGUGCAGCUUGUGUCGGAGCUCGGCAUCUUCGGUGCCAUUAUCGGGAGCAAGGAGAAGAUACUGUACAACAAACAGGUGGGCCACAUGCUGCGCACGAAGCUGUCCACUGCCAACGAGGGCGGUGUGGCCGCCGGUCUCGGUGCCCUCGAUAGCCCUUACCUCAUCGAUUAGUUCUGGCACGCUGGCACCUUUCACCGGACCACCUUUAUUAUUGUUUUUAUUCGUUUGGUAUAUCUCACUUACCGCGAGCCACCGAAUAACCGGGCAUAACGGGUUAACCGACCGACGGGAUUCAUGUACAACAGUUUCAAUAAUUAAAACAAACAAAAGCAAUGCA